GUUACGUACAUCCCGGACAUGCAGUGGGCAUACAGGCCCCAUCGAUUCAACUCAACUGCACACAUAAGCACUUGCUAAUAAUAAAGCCUAGUUUGUCAUUUUCAUGGAGUUCUACCGCUAACACACAUGGAGAGUCAAGAGGAAAAGCCAAUCAUCUAUACCAUGGAAAACAAGCCGAUAGUAACAUGUGCCGGGGAUCAGAACCUGUUCACGUCUCUUUAUACCUCAUUGGCUCAACAACUUCCCAGAGAGCCAAUGGAGUGGAGAAGGACUUACGGCCGCGCACCAAAAAUGAUCCACCUUGAAGCUAAUUUUGUCCAGUUUAAAGAGGAGCUGCUCCCGAAGGAGAGCAACAAGGCUCUUCUAACCUUCCCCUUCCUCCACAUCUACUGGACUGACUGCUGUGACACGGAGAUGUACAAGAGCUCCGUGAAGGAAGACAUGAUGCGCUGGCAGAACACCUUACGGACCCACGGCUCAGCAGACUGGGUGAUCAUCGUCGUGGAAACCAGCGACACAAAGAAGAAGAACAAACCAAAUAUUCUGCCUCGGUCUUCCAUCGUGGACAAGAUCCGCAGCGACUUCUGCAACAAGCAGAACGACAGGUGUGUGGUGCUCUCGGAUCCUCUGAAAGACUCAUCUCGGUCUCUGGAGUCGUGGAACUCCCUGCUGCUGAAGCUGCGGACCCUCCUCCUCAUGUCCUUCACCAAGAACCUGGGUCGGUUUGAAGACGACAUGCGUACGCUCCGGGAGAAACGCACACAGCCUGGAUGGAGCUUUUGUGAAUACUUCAUGGUCCAGGAGGAGUUGGCCUUUGUUUUUGAGAUGCUACAGCAGUUUGAGGACGCCUUGGUCCAGUAUGAUGAACUCGAUGCUCUAUUUACUCAGUAUGUCCUUAACUUUGGAGCUGGAGACACCGCUAACUGGCUCGGCUCCUUCUGUGCUCCGGUGCGUAACUGGAGCGGUCUGCUCCUCCGGCGGCCCAUCGAUAUGGAAAAGAGGGACAGCAUCCAGCGUGGAGAGGCCAGUCUCCUUGACCUGAGGAGCUACCUGUUUUCUCGUCAGUGCACUUUACUCAUUUUCCUUCAGAGACCCUGGGAGGUCACUCAGAGAGCUUUGGAGCUGCUCCACAACUGUGUCCAGGAGCUGUGUCUGCUAGAGGUGUCUGUUGUUGACGGGGCGCUGGACUGCUGGGUGUUUCUCAGCUGCUUGGAGGUUCUGCACAGGAUCGAGGGCUGCUGUGAUCAGGCUCAGAUAGCUGCUAACUGCUCCCACACCGUCGGACUCUGGGCCUACGCCACAGACAAGCUGAAGUCUUUGGGGGUACUCUGUGGCCUGGUGACCAAGAAGGAACCCACAUCCGAAGAUCUGAACAAGACUGUGGAUCUGCUGGCAGGACUCGGGGACGAGAGACCUGAAACUGUCAACAGCUUGCAGAGCCCUUACAAGAAGCUGAAAGAAGCCCUGUCGUCCGUCGAAGCCUUUGAAAGGCAUUAUCUUGAACUCUCUCAUGCUGCUAUGGAAAUGUAUCAGGCCAUCGGCCGGAUGAGGUCGGCCAGGCUGGUGGGGAAAAGCCUGGCUGAGUUCUACAUGAGGAAGGGGGACCCUGAGCGGGCUGAAACCUUCCUGCAGGAGGCUUUAAAGUCGUACGUAUCAGAGGGGUGGAGCCUCCCGGUGACCCACACCAGGAGGCAGAUCGCCGAGUGUCAGAAGCUGCUGGGCAGAACAGAAGACUACUUGCAGACAUGUGCCUUGUUGGCUGGUGAUGUGAAUCUCACUACAGAGGAAAGAAAGCACUUUUGUCAAGAAAUUCUCUCCUUUGCUGGAAAGUCUGGGGACCAGUCACACAAAGUGUCUCUCAGCAUGAAUGUUUUCACCCAGCUGACACGACUCCAGUUCCACCCCGCCACGCUGCUGGUGCACACCGGGGGCGUCCUGCAGGUGGAGCUCACGCUCAAGUCUUUGAUGCCCAUUUCAGUUCACAUACAGCAGCUAGCUGCUAGCAUUCACUUUGACGUGGAUCACGGAGGGACUCUUGGGAGGUCCAAAGGAGUAAAGAGACAAACAAACCAGGGAACGGUGGAGUUUAAUCUGGGGAACCCAUCAGCAGGACCGACCUCCUUCACGGGAAACAGCCGUGUUUUAGAAAUGGACGAGAUUCAGGACAGGAGUCCUUCGGACAAUUCUCUCAACGCCACAGGACUGGUGUGUAAAAACGCUCACCUGCUCAUACGUCGCCAUGGCAACAGCUCCCCUUCUGAAAUGGCCAAAUGCGUGAGCCCCCCCGCUGUUGCUAUGAAGGAAGGAGAUCAGAUGCUGAAGGUCCAGGAUGUAACAUUAGAACCUGGAGAGAACAGCAUCAUCUUCACCGCACCAAGCGGACAGCCAGGGUCGUACACGCUGCGGCAGCUGUGCGCCACGGUUGGGGGGAUUCAGUUCGUCCAGUCUCACGUGUACCCCUCGGUCCGAUACGAAGUGUACUCUCAGGAGCCCCAGCUCACCGUGGAGCCGCUCUCAGAGCCUCUGUUGGCAGGUCUGCCUCAGGUGGUAAAGUUCACCCUGCUGACGGGUCACUACACUGUGAAGAAAGGAGAUGCUCUGCAGCUCAGCAACACAGACACCAUGCCCAUCCUGCCCUCCACCAGCUGCACCGCCCGCAUCAGCAGCCCUGCUGCCGAGCUGGUGGGUGAAAGCGUCCUGUCCAUCCAGUCCUCUGAGAAGGUAACCAGCAUCAGCCUUCCUCCCACCCCUCCCUACCACACUCUGGACUUCCAGUUGGAGGUUUUGUGCAUCAUCCCGUCUGGGUUGGAGCAGCCGGCCAAUGAGAGGCUGACAAAUGGAGAGAUCCGCCAUCGUCCACGCAGCUACAGUCAUCCUGAUACACCAAUGACCGCUAUUGACCAGAGGAUGUCCAUCGACUGUCCGUGGUCCAUCUACUCCACACUGCUCACCCUCACCUUCUACAUCCCCUUUAAGACCAAACACUCGCUGCUUUCUGCUGGAAACAGAAAGUACAUCCAGGUGUGUGUGCAGAACAUGUCGGAUAUGAACUUCACGCUGGCUGAAGUGAAGCUGACAGAGAAGCAGCACGCAUCACUGGAGCUCCAGUCAUUCAACACUAAAACACAUCAGCUCCUGUGCAGUAAACACAGUGUGUUCUGCCUGUGGGAGGUGAUGUGGAAGGAUGACCUGCCCUCCUGUCUGCAGUGUGUUUUCUCUGCCACCUUUUCUCCAACCAACCAGGACACCUCUGCCUUCAAACCGUUCCACUACCAGUUCCAGCUUGAGAGAGUCACUACAUUGUACAGUGUGCGAGCGGCGAUCUCUCCUCCUGCCAGUGAGCAGCACUGUCGCUGUGGUUUGCUCUGUGGACUUGAGGUGAGUAUCACCAGACUCACGGAGCCAUCAGAGGGGGAGAUCACAGAGGACAGCAAAACUGACACAGAUGGACUCAAAACCACCAAACUCAUGUAUGAAGUGGCAGACAGCAACAGUAACUGGGCCGUGUGUGGGAAGAGUUCAGGCAUGGUGCUGAUGCCGAUGAAGGCCAACGCCACCCACAGGGUGCAGAUUGAGGUGAUGCCUCUGUUUGCUGGACACCUGCCUUUCCCCAAGAUCAGAGUGCUUAAAUACCUUCCUCACAGCGCUGCGGCGGCCAUGCAGCCAGACCCUGACAGCUGCAUAGAGAACGACAGUCUGUCCCUGCUGGACAAGACGCUCGACGACCAGGCCGACACGGCGAGCAUCCGCAGCCGGGGCAGCGUCCACUCGGUGGGCAGUAGCGACCAGCAGCAGAAGGGCGUGGCCAUGCCUCGCCUGGAGCCUUUCAGCCCUGGGCAGGUGUUCAACCACAGCCGCACACAGCAGGUCCUGGUGCUGCCUGCCACUGACGACCACAUCAUGGAGGUCAACGCCACAUGACCCUGGGGGUGAGACGGCCCACGACCUUAUUGUGAGACUUAACCCAGACCGGCUCCUCUGAGCUCUAGGUCAGGUCCGGGCCGGGUCCACACAUCAGACCCGUACGGACCUUAAGUAUGAAACCUUCACAUCACUGAAGACAUGGCGGACUACACAGUGACGAGCCAACUACUACUACUGCUGAUACAUGAAAACAAACUGUUCCCUGCCAUACUUUGUACAUACCUUUGAAUGGAUUUAUAGAUAUAAAUAUAUAUAUAAAUAUAAUUAAAUCAAAUUGGCGCCUGCCGUGCUAUUUUGAACUGAACAACAUCACUCCUGAUUGUCCCAUGAUGCACCAAAGCCCUAGGUGUGUGUGUGUGUGUGUGUGUGUGUGUGUGUGUGUGUGUGUGUGUGUGUGUGCGUGUGUGUGCGUGUGCGUGUGUGUGCGUGUGCGUGUGCGCGUGUGUGUGUGCGUACGUGCCCUGGCCCUGACUUGCUGUAACUGAGUGGCUGGAAUUUCUGGGUCUCUUUAGGUGGGUUUGCAUUUGAGACUUUUGUCCUGAAGACAAAAACGUUGCAGGAUCCACAACCCUGCUGUACCCUCAGUGCAACAAAGACUGUGUUAAAGCAGGAAGUUGGCUGUAGAUGUAGAUGGUCAUCUCCAAAGGCAAAACUAAACGUCUACUCGCUCCUACUGAAUGUUCUAAGAUAUCAAUGUAACUGAAAAUACAUCAUGCUGUUUAUUUAUGUAAUAUGACCACAUUGUUGAGCCAGCCUUGAUGAAGAAAACUUUUAGGAUAAUUUAUUUAACAAAUUUUAGAACGAGGAAAGCAAAUAAUAGAAAUACAGCAGCUGUUAUGUUAAAUUUGGAUUUAGGAUGAUGGAGAAAUGUUUAUUUUUAAGCGUAAACAUUAAAACAAAAGUCUCAGACUCUGACUUCUUAAAGAGGCUCAGUGUGUGUGUGUGUGUGUGUGUGUGUGUGUGCGUGCGUGCGUGUGUCUGCUCUGGUUCUGUGUGAGCAUGAGUGUGUGUGAACAGGUGUUCCUAUACAGUGCUACAUGUGCAUAUUUAUUGUGUGUGUUGCUAAAUCUGUGUCCGAGCUAUGCACACAUGCUGCUUAUGUAGAACAGAUGAAGGAAUUCCUGGAUUUCAUGUCUCUGAGAGGAUGGAUGUGGACCUCUGACCCCAUCGCUCUACUUUUGACCUCUGUACAUACUGAUCUGUACAUAAAUGAUUGAAAUCAAAAAGGAUUGCCAAAUAUAUUAAGAAAGAAAUAA